AUAAUUCCAUGCAUAAUAUGAGACUACUCCUCGUCUCCAUCAGUUCCUCUAAUCAUUGAUGUCGACCCGAAAACUACUGUACUCAUAGCCUCGGCGUCGACAAGUGCCUUAUCGGCCCAAAAAUUCUUAUCGAUUGAUUAGGGCCAAUAGGCGAGAUGUGCCAAAGGUCUUGGCGUUCCCAAUAUUUCUCACGAUACCCUCACUCAUAGGAACUGCUAUAAACCCCCUCCCACCACCGCCCAACUAACCGCAACGAUGGCCAUCGAAAAAGUCUACCUCACAUACAACGAGAUCCACCAGCUCUGCCAGGAAGCUGCGCCCAAGAUCCUCAAUGAGUUCAACCCGCAGCUCAUGAUCGCCAUCGGCGGCGGCGGCUACGUGCCCGCGCGCAUGCUGCGCUCCUUCCUCAAGCGCUCCGGAUCACCCAACAUCCCCAUCCAGGCCAUCGGGCUGUCGCUCUACGAGGAGCUGCCGUCGACUACGCCUGGGACUUCGACUCCUGGCGAUGUCGAACAGCUCGGCACGAAGGUGACGAGGACACAGUGGUUGGAUCUGUCGAGUUUGGGGGAGAUGUCGAACUUGAUCGGAAAGAGGAUCUUGAUUGUGGAUGAGGUCGAUGAUACCAGGACUACGCUCGAGUAUGCCGUGAAGGAGCUCGAGAAGGAUGUCGAGGCUGCGAGGCUAAGGCUGGGUAUCGAGGGCGAGACUACAUUCUCGAUCUUCGUGCUACACAACAAGGAGAAGGAGAAGAAGGGCAAGCUGCCAGAGGAGCUGCUGAGGGAUGAUCGCUACUUGGCUGCCAGGACGGUCGGUGAUGUCUGGAUCUGCUACCCGUGGGAGGCGACGGACAUCAUCGAACAUGAUGCCAUGGCGGCGAAGCAGUCGGGAAUGUGAGG